AAGAAUUCCUUCCUCAUGUCCAACCUCCAUCUCCCCUCUGCCGGUUUAAAGCUCUCACCCCUUGUCCUGUCGCGACACGUCCCCGCAGUAGCUCACGGGGCUGCCGAGACGCAGAGCCCAGCGCUGACAGCCGGGCGGGCAGGAGCCCCGGGGGUCUCUCCCCGGCAGGCACGGCCGGGCUGGGUCUCCCGGGGCUGGGUCUCCCCGGGCCGGGUCUCCCCGGGGCCGCUCCCGAAGCCGCGGGCAGCGCUGCCGGCCCCGCCGCCCCCCGGUGCCGCCGGGUGUCGGGACAGCGGCUGCGCCACGGACGGCGCCGCCAUGAUCUGCCUGCUGCUGGGCCUCCUGGCCGGCCUCUUGCAGAGCGCCGGCGGCGGCGGCGGCGGCGAACGCACCUUCGUGGCCAUCAAACCGGACGGGGUGCAGCGGCGCCUGGUCGGGGAGAUCAUCCGGAGGUUCGAGAGGAAGGGACUGCAGCUGGUGGGGCUGAAGCUCCUGCAGGCCUCGGAGGAGCUGCUGAAGGAGCACUACGUGGCCCUUCGUGAUCGUCCCUUCUACGGCCGGCUGGUGAAGGACAUGAGCUCUGGGCCCGUGGUGGCCAUGGUCUGGCAGGGCAUGGAUGUGGUCAAGACAGUUCGUGCGAUGAUUGGGGAGACUGACCCAGCCGAAUCCAGGCCUGGCACCAUUCGAGGAGACUUCUGCCUGGAAGUCAGCAAGAACGUGAUCCACGGCAGCGACUCGGCUGAGAGUGCCCGGCAGGAGAUCUCCCUCUGGUUCCACCCCGAGGAGCUGGCUUGCUGGGAGGACACGGCCCAGCACUGGAUCUAUGCCUGAGAGGAGCAGCCCGAGAGAAGUGCAGCUUCCCAGCCAGCACGAGGCCUUUCCAGCUCUCCCAUGGCAGCUGCUUGGGCUGUGGCUCCUGCUGGAGGGGCUCUGGGUGGGUGGAGGGGACCUGGGAGCUUGUCUGGGCCUGGAAUUCUGUGAUCUAGCUCCCUGCAAGAGAAGCUGUUUCUUCUGUUCUCUCUC